AUGAUUGAAACAGAGAAGACUGAAAGGAGCGAUAAGGACGAUAUCCAGGUGGAGAGCAAAGAUGACAAACGGGCUCAUCAUAAUGCACUGGAACAAAAACGCAAAGACCCCAUCAAAGACAGCUUUCACAGUUUGCAGGACUCGGUCCCAUCACUCCAAGGAGACAAGGCAUCCCGGGCCCAAAUCCUAGACAAAGCCACAGAGGAAAUCCAGUAUAUGCAAAGGAAAAACCACACGCACCAGCAAGAUACUGACGGCCUCGAGCGGCAGAAUGCUCUUCUGGAGCAGCAAGUCCGUGCACUGCAGAAGGCGAGGUCGAGUGCCCAACUGCAGACCAACUACCCCUGCUCAGACAACAGCCUCUACACCAACCCCAGGGGCAGCACCAUCUCUGCCUCUGAUGGGGGCUCCGACUCCGGCUCAGAGCGAGAGCCUGAAGAGCCCCAAAACGGGAAGAAACUCCGGAUGGAGGCCCCUAAGCCACACAGGGCAGGCCAGCAGUAAAACUGUCCAUGUCCUGCGUCGUCUCAUCCUCCUCUCAGUUCAUCAUUAGAACGCUCAGAACCAUUUAAAAGACCCUUUAUUUUUCUUUUCUUUUUUUUUUUAAUUUUUAUUUGUACGUAGAAGCUCUUGGACAACAACUCUCCUUCUUCCCUGUUUCCACUAUUUUUAAAAAAUGUUUUCCCUUCAGGAUUCCCUGUCCCCACCAGACGUUUUUAAACCAAAACACCCCAACUUGGCAGCUUUUUCUGUGGAGGACAGACGGCUGGCCGGACCUCUGAGCACAGGGUGUCCUGCCCACCCCACCAGCUCCUCCAGCCCCGUGGGGCUCGUGCCUGGAGGUCGCCUGUCCUGCUGGGCCUCUCCUCCCGGUCCCCUCGCCUUUGUUUGAUAGACUUCGUGAAUCUGAACUGCUUUGAGAAGGUGACCAGUUUGGAGUAAUCAGAAUCACCCCCUCUCCUUCAUAAGUUUUUUUUUUUUUCCUAUAAAGCUAUUUAACUCUUGUUGAAAGACCAGACCUUGAAGUUUGUGGUAUAAAAGGAAAGUGGGGACAGAUUUGCAGAGUUCUUGGCACGUUUCACUCCCGCUUCUCUCAGCCAGCUGUGUAAGCCUGCAGUGCCAGCCGCAUGGAGGGCCGAGUGACACUUGUGGUAUGUACUGGAGAUGGCAGCAGAGAAGCCGCAGCCAACAGGGAGGGGUAGGGGGUG